AACGAACAGCCACGACGAAACAUGGUCGACAUGCGGACGAUGGUGGCUCGCUUCCUGGAGAGCGGCGUGAACGCAUGCUGCGAUGCAUCAAGCAGUCGUACUUCCCAUUUGAACCAUGUCGUGCACGACGUGGACGAAGCCAUCGUGGAGUACGUCUUGCAGCUCAUGGACACCCAAGAGGUCGACCCGCAGCAAGUUGUCGAGUGCAUUGUUUCGUUCUUUCCCGACAUUGACGACACUGUCGCAAGGGAAGCUGUAUAUUUGAUCCGAGAGUCGACUCAAAGGACUCCCGAAGACUCUUCAGCAUCCCAUCCAUCGCAGAAAGACGCCAACCCUCGACCCAAACCAUCUUCAUCGUCCGCAGAGGAAAUGACCCACCUGAACGACUUGAUGGAGCUGGCGCCGCAUCUAUCGCUGGAAUGUAUCGAAUGCAUCCUGAAGGACAUGUUUGCAGGGGACAUUGUGCGUGCGGCGGGAUACAUCGUCACACACCAUUGCCUGAAUGACUUGGACCCUCGACAGCAGCUGAACGCCCAUAUUCGUCAAGCCAUCAGCGUCAAAUUUGCCGACCAAGAAGUAAAGGUCCCACGAAGUCCAUCGCAAAAGCCGGUAAAGGUCAAAGUUCGCGCCGCAUCGAGCCAACAAGUACUGGUUCGGUACUUGGACAGUAAGGUCGUGACGACGACUGGCAAGAAAUUUGUGGAAGAAAAGAAGGAAGUGUACGAUGGUGGGUCCCGUGGUCGCGUCAAAACUAAAGGGAAGCGGGGCCGAUGGAUCUGACGAUUGUCGUCUCGGCGAACAAGUCAAUCUGACGCUAAACAGUGCGCAGACGUCACGGAAGUCGCGAUUCGAGUACUGGUCGGCUCACAGGCAACACUGUGAAAGAGAUCCACUUGUGGUGGUCUUUCGUCAAGGAUGUAGCCAACAUGGCGGGCUCGGCAUCACGAUGCGUGAAGGCGAUUGCUUGCUAAUUGCUCGACUUGGUUUCUACCUUGUCGACGACUUCGGCCGCGGGGAUGGAACGUCUCCACCACUG